ACAAUACACUUUCAAAACAACAACAAUAAUGGCAGCCUCUUGAUGACUGAAAGUGUACCCUGCGAACGUUAUUGUGGUUUUAUUAAUUUAUUUGCAAUGAAACACUUACGAAAGUAUCACAUUAAAUAUGAUUUCAAUAGAACUGUUUAUAUUUAUGAUAUUAUGUGGGUCUCUCGUGUGUGAAUCCAAUAAAUCAUCAAAAGAGACACUUGGGCUCACAGUUAAUGAUCAGCUGUUGUUUGUAUCAACCAUCAGUGGGAAGUUUUAUGCCAUCAGCAAACAGACAGGCAAGACAAUAUGGAUGCUGAAUGAAGAACCUGUCAUCAAAGUUCCAUCAGAUGUAACAUCCGGUUUUCUACCGGACCCAAAAGAUGGCAGCCUGUAUGCAUUCAGCGAUGGCAGGGAUGGAAUAAAAAAGCUGCCAUUUACCAUACCGGAACUGGUCACGGCCUCCCCUUGCAAAAGCGCAGAGGGCAUUCUCUACAGUGGUCACAAGCGUGAUAUCUGGCUGGCUAUAGACCCGCGUACUGGUACCAAGCUUCACACACUGAGUAUGGAUGGGUCCCCAAACACAUGCCCAUCUGCAGCAGACGACACCCUGUUCAUUGGACGGACAGAAUAUACCAUUGUUAUGUUUGACAGCAAAACUGGAACAAAGAGAUGGAAUGCAACCUACACAGACUACUCAUCCCACGUUGCGCCAGAUGUGACGGACUAUAAACUUCGUCACUGUACUGCAAGCUCCAAUGGACUAGCAGUCACUCUGGACAGUGUCUCUGGUGACAUAAUGUGGCACACGCAGUACGACUCACCGGUGGUUGCCAUGUACACUAUGCACGCAGACGGCCUGCAGAAGAUCCCGUUCACGUCAUUCGCUCCGGAGACCCUGGAGCAUCUGACCGGCCAGCUGUCCUCCACUGUAUGGAGGAACAGGUUCCUCGAGCAUGGACAGAAGAAAAUAUUCUAUCCCACUCUGUAUGUUGGUGAAUAUGAACAUGGAUGUUUUGCCACUGGUUCCUUUGUGGAUGAAAAUACAGUCACUAUUGCUCCAAGGAACUUCAGUCCCCCUCAGAUUGAGGGCCCAAAGGCAGCUGAUAAGAAGAGCAAGGAGGAGAAGAAACACGCGACCACUCACACAGAGAAGAUGACUGCCCAUACUGUACGCAGGGGAAAUGUUGUCCUCAUGUUAGGUUACCAUGAGGUUCCAGAGGAAGACAAAAACCGGAUCACACCGGCCUUCCAGGUCACAGACAAGUCAGAGAAGAUCAUCCUCCCACCAUCACACUUAUAUAUACCAAACAUACCACCAUCUCAGAAACCAGGGGAGAGUAUUCAGCGGGAGAUAAACAACACUAGGAAGGAGGAGGGCUUGAUAAAGGGGGCCAUGGAGUAUUUGAAUCUGGACUAUAAGUUCCUCACAACAUUUGUGUUGCUGUUGGUUACUAUUGGAGCGCUAGUCAUUUACUUUCCAAAGCGGACUGAGGAGUCCAUUAAGAUCAUGCUCAAGAAGGAGUUUGAGGAAAGGAAGCUUCUGGAACAGGAGCAGAAGUCUGCACAGACAUCUCUACAUGAGAGAGACAGGUCCUCCUCCGAACUGCUCAAGUAUGACACAAUCCCAGAGGGCUACUUACAAGUUGGAAAGAUCAUCUACAAUCCAAAAGAGGUUUUGGGACAUGGUUGUGAAGGAACUUUUGUAUACAAGGGAGUGUUUGACCACAGACGGGUUGCAGUGAAGCGUCUGCUGCCAGAGUGUUUCAGUUUUGCUGACAGAGAGGUGGAGUUGUUGAGGGAGUCAGACCAACACCCCAAUGUCAUUAGAUACUUCUGUAUGGAGGCUGACAGUCAGUUCCGGUACAUAGCGUUGGAGCUGUGUGACGCCACACUGACCACGUAUGUGGAGAACAAGAUACAAAUUGACCUGGACCCCAUCACUGUGCUGUACCAGGCCAUGUCAGGCAUAGCACACCUCCAUUCACUGGAUAUAGUUCACCGGGACAUAAAGCCACAGAAUGUGCUCAUCUCCCAGCCGGACUCCCGUGGCCAGGUCCGCGCCAUGAUCUCAGACUUCGGCCUCUGUAAGAAGUUAGCCGCAGGUAGAAUCUCAUUCUCACGCAGAUCCGGGGCCGCCGGAACAGAGGGCUGGAUUGCACCCGAAAUGCUUGAUGAGGACAAACGAACAACAUGUGCUGUAGACAUUUUCUCAGCAGGAUGUGUGUUCUACUAUGUUGUCACCCGAGGCAAGCAUCCGUUUGGGGAACCCUUACGACGACAGGCUAACAUUCUAUCAGGGGACUACAACAUAGACAGUCUGCCUCUCACUGACUGCCAAGUGAGAAAGCAGCUCAUUGAAACCAUGAUCGACUUUGACCCCGAGUCGAGACCAACAGCUAAGGCCGUCAUUAAACACCCGUUCUUUUGGAGUAAAGAAAGACAACUUCUGUUCUUCCAAGAUGUUAGUGACCGUAUUGAGAAGGAGACAGAGGAGAGUCUGGUUGUCAAGCAACUGGAAUGGGGCGGAGACCGCGUUGUCAAGGGGGACUGGAGAAAACACGUCUCCAUGGAACUGCAAAAUGAUCUGAGGAAGUUUAGAACUUACAAAGGGAACAAUGUCAAGGACCUUUUACGAGCCAUGAGAAACAAGAAACACCACUAUCGCGAGCUGCCCGAGGAUGUGAAGGCCUCACUGGGCACCAUACCUGACCAGUUUGUCCAGUACUUCAAUGCACGCUUCCCUCACCUUCUCAUCCAUACCUACAAGGCCCUGGCCUGCUGUGCCCAUGAACAUGUCUUUCACCAGUACUAUGACGACAGUAAGGACUGCUCUGGUGUGAGAUGAACACAACUUUCAGCAAGGCUUGUGUGGUAGAACGUGUUUUCUUUGAAGGCUGCAAACAAUAUUUACUGGUUAGUCCUCCACCUGUUUCAGUGGACUAUAAGUUUAUCCUCUGUCAUGUCUGUCUGUCAGCUUAUCCGUUUGUCCAUCAAUCUGUCUAUCUGUCCGUCCACUAAAUGUGUUUCUGCGAUUUCUCCAAAACUACUGAAUUUUGGUAUUCUUAUAAUUGGCAAUGUGAAAAUCAUGCAUGAUGAAAAUUAUACUGCCAUUUGCCAAAUUAGCCAAUGUCUACAAAUUAGCACUGUUGGCUACAGAAAAUUGUAUUUGAUUGUAAAUUUAGCUUAAUACAAUGUUGAGUUAGGGGAACAUUUGUGUCAUUAAAAGCCAAAGGUCAAGUAGAAGUAAAUGUAAUUGAACAAAACUUUAAAUUGUAAUAACGAAAAAAAAUAUUGUAAGAUAUUAUCAUGAAAAAUGGUAUACGCCUUUAGGUUUACUGUAUGUGAGUUUGUCAAUAAUGAUCUGUUGAUCCAUCCGUCUGUAUACAUGUAUCAGUCCACAAAAUCUGAAACAACUAAUAGAGUAUGUAUCAUACAGUAUAACUUGACCCUGCAAACCUUCAUUUCUGCAACAAAUGUUAGAUGACUUUUACUAAAUACCGAACUACCAGUAUACAAAUUAAUUCUUUUUUUUCAAAAGGUACGUAUGAUUUUAUCAUGAAACUCAGUACAUGUACAUACAUAAAAAAGCUAUGUGACGGUAAUAUGCACAACAUUUUCUUCAACAUUGUCUGGUGAAUGUGAAACAAAAACUACCUAAUAUCAUAUUGCUUUGUUUUCUUGACUGAAUCAUUAAAUGUGUACAGACAAAGGGCAAAGUGAUUGUUAUGCACAUUUUUAAUUGGUAGGGGAUUUCACUGGGCAGAUAGGGGCCUGUAAUGCAAGCCUUGUUUUCAAGUAGAAGUUUUGUGACUACAGACUAUACAGUGUGCCUUAUACAGUUGGAGAAUUUUCUGUGAUAAGUACAUGUAUGGUUGAAAAUUCUGUUUUAUUGGAAAAAGAGUGAUAUAUGUUCAGAAUUUUUAGUGACGUUCUGAACAAACUAUUUGUGUACUACAGUGUAGGGUAAAGACAAAAAUAAUUAUGAUGAUUUGGUUUAGGAGUGUGCAUUUUAAUAGUCCUAACACCCUUCACUGUCAGUGUUGCUGGUUAAUACUGGAUAACACUAAAUCAAUUAAUACUAUUUAUUUUGUAAGCCCCUCAUAACCAUUAAUGAACAAGGUGGCCUGAAAGGCCCAAAGUCGCUCACCUGUGAUACAAGGGAACUUACCUGUUCUGUGCAGCCCAAGAUAUCAUUAGAACAAAUGGUCUAACCAAGUUUCAUGACGAUUGGACUAUAAAUGUGACUAAAAAAUUAACAAGGUUUUACUUAAGUCAUAUAAGGCGAAAUUUCCCGCAUCCUGUCGGGUAUGUUUUUAAACCAACUGGAACUAUUUUCUAACACGUUCAAUAUAUCAUUGGGACAAUCUUCUGAGCCAGUUUCAUGAAAAUCGGACAAUACAUGUGGCCUCUAUUGUGUUAACAAGGUUUUACUAGAGCCAUAUAAGGAAAAACGCCCCACCCACUGGUGGUAAUGUUUUUCAACCAACCGGAACCCUUUUCGAACUUGCUCUAGAUUUCCUUUGGAAAAGUCUUGUGAUCAAGUUUCAUGAAGAUUGGAAAUAAAUGUGGCCUCUAGAGUGUUACCAAUUCAAAUGAUGAUGACAGACAACUGACAAAAGGCGGUCACAAAAGCUCACCAUUGUGCAUGUUAUGCUGUGGUGAGCUAAAAAUCAUCAUUUGUUAGCUCAAUUGAGCACAAAGUGCCAAUGGUGAGCUAUUGUGGUCAUUGGCUGGCAUCUGUUGUCAUACAUCUUAUGUUUCAUCAACAUUCAGCUCGUUUCUAGCCUAGAGACCACAUUUUCAUCCAAUUUUUAUGAAACUUGGUCAGAAUGUUAAUCUUGAUAAUAUACAGUCUGUCACCCAAUUUAGAAUAACACGGCAAUAAAGUUAAAUCUUUUAACCACGAUAAUUUCUUUCGAGAUUUAGUUUCAAUGUGAGAAGAUGUAAAAAUAAAGGGUAAAAAUUAUUUUGUAUGAUAACAGGUUAGGCCAGAUGGCAUAUGCAGUUUUUGUCAAAAAUAGCCAAUUAAAGUUCACCCUUCGGAAAAUUAUUAAAAAUCAUUCAACUUACAGAAUUAUUAUUUCAAAACGUCAUGACAUUUGUUUUCAAUCAGCAAAAAGUUUAUUUGAAAAUAAUAAAGCCUUCUAUAUCCAUAAGCACAUUUCAAAACAUAACUGAUUCAAUCAGUUCUGGUUAACUGUUUGCUGCAUUUAUACCCCCUGUAAGCAUAAUACAAAAGCUUUCUUGCUAAAACUUUGUUAAUUUAUUCCUUUACCUAAUGUAUACCGUAGACACUUAUCAUUUUGUUUUUUUGGAGCAUAAUAGAAAAUUAAAUACAAAUUAAUCAGAACUGCUAAUUAUCCGGAACUCUUUGACAAACUGUAUUGGUCUAGAAUGAAUCUGGGUCAGGUGCUUCCAAAAACUAUAUCAUCAGGUCAGAGGUUAUUAAAACGUACUACCACUCCGGAGGCAGCAUUUGUGACUCAAUCUUCUUGAAACUUGGUAAGAAUGAUUAUCUUGACAAUAUCAAGGCCAUUUGUGAAUCUGGGUCCAGUGGGGUCAAAAAGUAGAUCACCGGGUCAAGUCUUCAGAGAGUGGUGUCCUUGAACUCAGGUGAGCGCUUAAGGGCCAUUAUAGUCCUCUUGUUUUCAAACAUCAAUGUAGACAGUCUUGUUUCUGCUACUUGUUCAAUCUUUUGUACAUAACAAGUUUCAGUGUUGUUUGAUUUUUACUUCGACACAAUACAUUAUUGUUACCUGUAUUAAAUGGAUCAUUUUAUAAGUUAUGUUUUAUGUACAAAUCAUGGCCCACAGAUUAUGUAUUUAUUGAACAUUUCUGAAUUAUAAUUGUGCUUGUGUAGUUUUCUUUAAUUUGUUGCUCUUUGUGCAAUACUUGUUUUAAUUAUUUUGUUUUUAUUUCUGAACUAUUUUCAAGAAAAAAGUGUCCUCUUAAUUUAAGUAAAGCCACCUUUUUUCUAUACCAUAAUACUGAGUUACAUUGCUCCAGUUAAUACAAAUGUUACUGAAUAAUGUUUAGUUUGAGUUUGAUGAACAGUUUGUUUUCUUAACAAUUGAAAAACUGUAUUGGUCUAAGCAAUUUUUAUGGAUUCUAUUUUAUACAUGUAUUUGUUUUUACACUUUUCCUAUGAACACUUUUGAAAGUAAAUUUGAAUGAUCAUUCUUCAUGGUUCUGAAACAUGUGGUAUUUUUAUGAACCCGAAGGAGGGCAUAUAGUGAUCGAACUGUCCGUCCGUCUGUCCAUCCGUCUGUCCGUCACACUUUGCGUAUAGGUUUCGAAAAAUGCUCUACUUCUAUGUCACUUCAGCAAUUUCAUAUUUGGCAUGCAUGUGUAUAUGGACAAGGCCUUUCCAUACGCACACAAAUUUUGAUCCCUGUGACCUUGAACUUAGGGUCCGCGUUUAGGUUUCGAAAUCUGCGGUUAGGUUUCGAAAAAAAGCUCAUAACUUCUAUCAAGCCUUUAUAGGGGGCAUAAGUCAUCCUAUGGUGAGUCGGAUUGGUGACAGCUCUUGUUUUCUCAUAAAUGUUGAGUGACAUGUAUAGAAAACAGCUUGAUUAAAACGAUUGCUUUCUUACUAUUGAAAACCUAUGUAUUUGCUAUCAUUACACCAGAGAUUUUGUAGUAAGUAUUUCUAUCCUUACACCAAAGAUUUAGUAGGUGCUGGAAAAAAUGUUGUAUUUGGCAUGUUAUCUUAUUAUGAAGUUUGUAUAGCUUUUGAAAAAAAAAAAGAUCAAACGUCAUGUUUUGUCAAUGCCUUUAUUCCUGUAUAUGUCUAUUAUAAAAAUGCAUAAUUUUCAUGCACAACUCAUUUGACUGUAUGGUCUAUACAUUCCAAAUGUUUUUACCAUUAUUGUCCUUGUUUCUAAGUGUUCUGUUCAUAAUAAAGGCUGUUAAACUUGACUUUACCUUCAUGGUUCAGUGGCGUAGUAAAUGUUACAUUUAAAAUCACACAAUCAUGUGAAUUUUGAAUAAGGCCUCUCUCUUAAAAUACACCAUGUCACUCUUAUAUUGAGCAUAUUAUCUACGAUUGUUGCACAUGACCAUUCAAUUUAGUUGUCAAAUGAACAUAUGGUUGCAUAAAACACACUUUAUAAUGUGUUUUUGACAUAUUACAAACAGAUCGAAUUUUGUUUCUAUAUAGAAUGUACCAAUUAUUUGUUAUAUUAUUGCAUCUGACCCUGCUGAUCUGAAUAGUCUGGAAGCUAACCAUAAUUUGGUGUGCUCUGAUUGGCUGAACUAAUUUGGUAGGUGAAAAGUGUUUACUUCAGAAAUGUACGUUCACUUUGUGCUGGAACCUAUGAUGUUGAAAGAACAAAAGACUGUGGAAAAACUUAACGAAUUUGUUUGAAAUAUACACAACCUUAGUGUUAAAAGUUAGUUGUAUAAUCUUAUUAUUAUUAUUUUUUUAAUAAAAUAGAUUGUUUGAUCAGCACGAUGAUUUCAUUAUUGUUUACGUCUUUAGUUUGAACAAAUUAAAAACAUGUGUUCCUGUACAUGCACUGGUUAAGAUUGUUUGUAAAUGAAUUGAAAAUAGAAUCUUAAAUUGUAUGAUCAAAUUUACUUUGUCAUGAAUUAUACGAUAUAAGCAUUGUUCACAUAUUUUUAAAGGAAAUAAUCGACAUUGUCACACAAAUACAAGAAAUGAUUACAUUUAAUAAGAACGCCAUCAUUCAGUAGUAAAUUGUCUGUGUUUUAUUGCAUUAAAUUAUUGGUUGAAUGACCGAGUAACAUAUUGGGGUGUUUUAAAUCAGAUUAUUUAUUCAAAUAUUGUUUUAAUAUAACCAUCACUAAACCAUGUCAUUUCAAAAAAGUUUUUUUUUGAUGAUUGAGCAAAAAUUCCAUCACUUUAAUGGCCACAAAGUGCUGGUUAACCACAACAUGUGCAUUCUAGGCAUAUGAUUUUCCAGCAAAUCUUAAAAAUAUAUAAAAUCUUGUUAUUAUUAAUUAUGACAAAUUGACAACUGCGUACAUAAUUGCAUCAUUUAAAUUUAUUUUAUCUGAAAAACUGUAAUCUUGUUUGGAUUUAAAUAUCAUGAAAAGUGGUUGAUGUAAGCAUGAGCACAGUUACAAAUACGCUUAAAAUGAUAUAAAACACUUUUAAUCAACAAAUCAUGGAAAAGUUUGUAUUAUACUGAAAAUAUAGACAGACUGUCAAGUCUAAGUUUGAUGUCUCUAUCCAAUUUCACAUAAGACAGUGAUUAAAGAUAUUUAUGAAACUAUUGAUUGAUAUUUUUGUUACGGCCCAUUAACUUUGAUGUAUUUAAGUGGACAUUAUGAUUUAUGAUUCUGUUUCAGCAACAAUGAUGUUUCUGUUCUACAAUAGUGAACUUAGAAACAUCACUUAUCAUGGUUUUCUUUCGUUUAUUUAUUUUACAAAACGAUUCCAUUAGGUUGGGAACUUAUUAGCGAUUGAUAAACUUUACAGGAAACACUGGAAAUAGCUAUCGCAUGUUAUACUUACAAUGUGAACCUUUUGAAAUCAGCAUUGUUUAUAUGUAUAUGUCCAGUCUUUCAGACAAGGAAGGAAAAUGAUAUUUCUUCGGAUAUGCCAUUUGAGUAAAUGUAUGCUCUAUAUGUCAUGCAUAUGCAUAUGUAUAUAUUUCACCACUGAAUGAGAAAAUAAAUUUCCAAAAAGAU